AAGCCGCGCCCCUCCAAAGGCCCUCAAAUAACACUCCUUUCCUUCUCGGCCCUCUCGCUACUUCCCUUUCCCUUCCACUCUCCCUCCCCCUCCCGAAACCGCUUCUUUCAGUUCUAAAAUCUAAAAGCUGUAAGAAGAAUUUCCUCAAAGACGAUUGCAGAGUGAGAAGAUGGCUCGAUACGACCGUGCGAUCACCGUCUUCUCCCCAGACGGCCAUCUGUUCCAGGUGGAAUACGCCCUUGAGGCCGUUCGCAAGGGGAAUGCUGCUGUUGGCGUUCGGGGCACCGACACGAUCGUCCUCGGUGUUGAGAAGAAAUCUACUGCAAAACUCCAAGACUCCAGAUCUGUUAGGAAAAUUGUUAAUCUGGAUAAUCAUAUUGCAUUGGCUUGUGCUGGGCUAAAAGCAGACGCAAGGGUCUUGAUAAACAAGGCACGCAUCGAAUGCCAGAGCCACAGACUUACUGUUGAGGAUCCUGUAACUGUUGAAUACAUAACCCGGUACAUUGCUGGCCUUCAACAAAAGUAUACACAGAGUGGUGGUGUGAGGCCAUUUGGCCUUUCAACUUUGAUUGUGGGCUUUGAUCCAUACACUGGUGUACCAUCACUUUAUCAAACAGAUCCAUCUGGGACAUUUUCGGCCUGGAAAGCUAAUGCUACAGGAAGAAACUCGAAUUCGAUGAGAGAAUUUUUGGAGAAAAAUUAUAAAGAAACUUCUGGGCAAGAAACUGUAAAGCUGGCAAUUCGUGCCUUGCUGGAAGUUGUCGAGAGUGGAGGAAAGAACAUAGAGAUUGCUGUGAUGACGAAAGACCAUGGGCUUCGUCAACUUGAUGAAUCCGAAAUCGAUACCAUUGUUGCAGAGAUUGAAGCAGAAAAAGCAGCAGCUGAAGCUGCAAAGAAGGCUCCUGCCAGAGAUCAGUGAUCUUGCCCACUUAUAUACACUUAUUUUUGGAAUUUGGUGAAGAACCCUGAACUAAGAUAUCAAGUAUGUGUUACUAUGGAUUCAUCGGCAUUUUUCAUGAAUUUCAGGAUUUCAUUUCUUUCACAAUCACAAUGAUUCUGGGCUUCUUCAAUUGAUUACAUUUAGGAUGCAA